AUGGGAGAUAACCAUGGAGGGAAUCCACCUCCAAAUCCACCACCCGAACAAACCCUUCGCCAAUGGGCGAGGAAAGAGGUUACUCAACAACCUCUUUGCAUCACCUAUCCGGCAGCCACAAACCUUGAAUUGAAAUCCGGUCUCAUUCACUUACUCCCAACAUUUAGAGGCUUAGAAAAUGAAGAUCCCCACAAGUUCCUCACGGAGUUCCAUGUUGCGUGUGUUGGCAUGAAACCACACAAUGUCACUGAAGACCAAAUCAAGCUUAGGGCAUUCCCCUUCGUAGUGCAAGACUCAGCAAAAGAUUGGCUUUAUGACCUUCCACCGGGGACGGUCAACACAUGGGUAGAUCUUGCACGCCUCUUCUUAGACAAAUACUUCCCAGAAAUAAAAGCCUCAGCCCUAAGAAGAGAGAUAAUUGGGAUCAAACAACACAAGAGAGAAGUCUUUCAUGCAUAUUGGGAGAGGUUCAAAAAGCUUUGUGCCCGUUGCCCAAAGCAUGGUAUUAGUGAGUAUCAAAUCCUCCAAUACUUCAUUGAAGGCAUGACUCCUUGGGAAAGAAGACUUCUUAAUGCUUCAAGUGGAGGAUCUUUGACAGACAAGACCCCAACGGAGAUUUGGGAUCUCAUAAAAAACAUGGUGGAGGAUUCAAAGCAUACUAGUCAAGAUGAAGACUGGUACACAGAUGCACCUCAAGGUGUAAAAGAGGUGCACACUCCUCAAAUUGAAGCUCAACUAUUCGAGUUGACUAAGGUGGUAAUGAUGCUUGCUAAGGACAAAGGUGUGCAAUCCACACCCCGUCCCUGUGGCAUUUGCACUCAAGUGGGACACCCAACUGAUAUGUGUCCUCAAUUGCAAGAAGAAGAAUAUGAAGAAGCAAAUGUUAAAGGAGGCUAUUCCGGGCAUAAUCAAAGAACUUAUGAUCAGCCCCGAGGCAAUCAAGGGUGGAACAACAACCAAAACAUGGGCUAUCAACAAAGACCACCACCCCAUUACCAAGCAAGACCUCCAUUCCCACAACAAAAUUACCAACCGAGGCAACUACAACCUCCUCCUCAACAAGCUGAAUCCUCAAGUAUGUCCUUAGAAGACAUAGUCAAAAGCCUUGCCACCAGCACCCAAAGUUUUCAGCAAGUGACCAAGGCAAGCAUCAAGAAUCUUGAGCAACAAAUGGCACAACUUGCUCAAUCGGUGAGCAAAAUGGAGAAUCAAGGAAAGCUACCUCCUCAAACUGAAAAGAACCCAAAGCACAAUGCUUGUGCAAUUAGCUUGAGGAGUGGAAAGAAAUAUGACGGCCCGAAGAAGAAGAAUAGGAGUUGGUGA